UAAUCUCCCUUUAUGGCUGAAACAUGGCCGUGACUCCAGUUCACAUCACGAAACAAGUAAUUAAACGAUUAUCUAAAGUAAACCUACGUCCCGUGAAAAGGAUUGCAUUCACUUUUAAUCCAUUCGUCGGCGAUGUCAUUUCGCUGAGGGAAUGUUUGUUUCACUUGAACAGUAGAAAAAUUCUUGGUACAAAUCCCAAGGUUACCAUGAAGGUUGAUGUGAAAUCUAAUUUGUGUGAUCCAGUCAUGGAAGUAAACUACAAUGAUGAUACUACUACACUUUACAAGACUAAGAAUUUGACUUCACUUGAGAUUAUUGAUAAUUUCCUACAAAAUUUGGACUCUAAAGCCGUUGUGGAAGAAAGCCCUAUUCUCACAAAAAAAUCUAAGAAACGGCAUUGAUGUAUUGAACAGUAGGUUAUUUUUGUGAAAUACAGUGUUGCUAGAUCAGCUUCUGGAUUAUGUAACUAAUCCUUAAUCUAAUCUACAACCAACAGUGAUAAUGUUAUUGGUGAAAACACUGGAAUAUACUAAAACUUCAUCUUAGAAUUAAUUUACAACAAAUACAAGUAAUGUUUUACAGCAUUAGAACAAUUAAAAAACAUAUUUUGAUGCUUUU